AUCCAGUUGAUACAGUACGUGCUGUAAACCCGAACAGUGGAAUUCACCAUGAGUCGCUUCGUAACGUUCACCGCCUUUGUGGCCGUCCUGGCCGUCGUACUGCCAACCCGGACUCACGCUAAAGUCUUCAGCGAGUGCGAACUGGCCCGACUACUUCGUACUAAAUAUGGUUUCGACAAAGCAAAAGUGAACAACUUCGUGUGCCUGGCCAAGGCUGAAAGUUCGCUGAACACUGCUUCGACCAACUUGAACACCAAUGGUUCGAGGGAUUACGGUUUGUUCCAGAUUAACAACAAAUACUGGUGCAGUACACCCGGCCACAAAUCGGUUUCCAACUAUUGCGGCGUGGCAUGCUCGGCUCUGCUUACUGACGACAUUUCCGCGGCAGUAACAUGCGCCAACCGAGUUUACGCCCAGCAAGGAUACACGGCUUGGUACGGAUGGAAAGCUAAAUGCAAGAGUGGUGUUAAAGAUCUCUCCUCGUGUUGAACAUUGUAGGUCGGUUUCACGUUGUGCGCUAAAAUCAAUCGAUUGUAUAAGGGCAGUAAAGUUGCAAUCUACUAGGUACUAGUAAAUUUCAGCUCAGUGUUCAAUAAAUAUCAGUGUUUAUUUUAACCAAUAUAAUAUUUCAGUGAAAAAUAUCUAGCUCUACUUUUAAGAAUGAAUUAUCUUGUCUAUUUUUUGUUUUUUUUUGAGCUGGUUAGCGGACUGUAAGUGUCGCUUAAAUUUUGGCCUUCGAAACGCUAAUCGCUACUUCGCUAAUUUUGUAGAGAACGAAAAAAAAAAACAA